UUCCGGUGCUAACUGACAAGAAACUAGAUUAACUGACGCAUGUGUAUUAAACGCUUUCGGCAUUAUCCGGUUUGACUCGGUUAUCUUCGACCAGAUGCUACAAUUGGCCGAAAGUAAAAUGACGGCCGUUCUUGUUGGCUGAAGCGAAUGUCAAUCAUCUGGUUUAAGCGGUCACGAGUGAUGAUGUGACUUUGGUCGCGUGAUAAGGCACGCAGAGAAAUACUUUUGAAACACGGCAGACCAAAUAUUGAUUUAAGAUAUAAUACACAUUUGUGAAAUAUGCUUUGUGUGUUUAUGACCAAGGACUGCUCUCUGCUUUGCUGCUUUAGGACUGUAGCCCAGAAUCCAAAAGAACUACAAUUCCCGUGAGUUUCACGGACUUCCUGGAAUGCAGAAGAACUUCACUUCCGGUAUUUAGACUUCACGACUCCAGACCGUGUGAAGGAACACCAACACAGACUGCGUCACCUUUGACUUACAUCGGAUCCACCAUCCAGGAUAAAAUGUAAUAACGAUAACGCUGAGAGCCCAGUCUGGAUUCUGCAAGCUGUAACGUCCGAGUCAUCCAAACCCCAGCCUGACAUGAUGAAGUCCUCCAUUAUUACACCUUCUGCACCUGCACCGGUGGAUGCCUUGUCGGAGUUCAGAGCAAAGCCUGUACCUCCUCCAAGGUUAAGAAACAGCAACAGCACUUACCAAUCCAGCUACGUUGUGACUUCCCAAUACAUUUACGCCGAUGACGAGAAGAAGCCUCAUCCUGCUCGUCCACCAGAGCCAGCCAUGAAGCCUCUUCCCAGAAAACAGCCGCCUCUUCCACAACGACCUCCGGUUCCCAACUUUUAUUACAACCAGAAAUCGGAGGUUACAGAUACGCAUCAACCCGAGGCUGCGACUCACUCGUCUCCACUGAGGCAAACUUCCCUACCAGCCGAAUCGAGCCCAGCUGAAACCGAUUCACUUGUAAAUCGACCGAGACCGAGAUUGUCGUCGGCUCCUGUGAAAAAAAACACUUUACCGGCCAGACCACCCCCGCCCAUUUAUAGUCCGCCUCCACCACCUUCUUUAACGCCACCGAUGGAGCCGAUCUAUAUGGACAUCGAGGAAGCGGAGUACCUGGUUAUUCUACCAUCAGACAAUGUUGUCACGCAGACAGGAGUUUACGACCAAAUAAAUUCGUAUCAACAAUAUUAUGAAAUCUCAGAAGAAAAAGAGGAUAUAAUGGAGAUGGUCAAAUGGAUUAAACGAGUAUCAACGACUGCUUACAAGACUCCAUCUGUGUUUGGACUCAAUAUAGAGCAGGAAAUAAGAUCAUUUAAUCAGAGAGUCAUGAAUAUGAAGCAGGCCCUUCGUCUCUACAACGCUCUGAUGAGCCGACAAAGUCAACAUCUGCAGGAGUAUAUCUCAGAAUUCACUUCCAUCUCGCAGCUUCUGGAUAAAGAGGAGAAGAAAGUGAAAAAUAUGGGCAUUGCCGGAGGCACCACGGGGGCAGUGGGCGGCGUGGCUGCGGUGGUGGGGAUCGCCUUGGCCCCCGUCACCAUGGGAGCCUCACUGGUCGCCACGGCGGUCGGUGUCGGAAUGGUGGGGGCGGCAGGUGGCAUGGGUGCCCGUGCCGCUAAGUCCAACAAGGAGAUUUCCGAUCAAAGAAAAAUUGAGAAGCUUGUCUACGAUUACACGAUUCACGUUGCUGAUCUUGAACUCUGCCUGGAUUUCAUCCUCUCUGAGAUGAACGAGCUGCAAAGGCACGACCUUGGGAGGUUACAGCAAGCCGGAGCCCUGCCGGAUGCGCUGGCGUUGGCCCGCAAGUCACAGUCGGUGAGGAACAACAUCAACAACGGGAGAGAUUCUUCUUACCUGAAUCGAAUAUCUUCACAGAGGCUUUUGCAGGCCUUUUCUGCAGAAAUGGAUCAGUUUUAUAAAGAAAAAGGUGGACAUAAAAAGUUGAGGAAGUCCAACAAGAGCAGACUUUCCGGCAGAGUUCAACUGCUGACUCGAAAUCUGCAGGAGGAGCUCGAUUAUCUUAAUGAUAUGUUGAAAUGCUUUGCUGUACUACAGUAAAUACUAACAUUUUAUAUUUUGUACAGUUAUUUUUUAAUCAAUUUUUUUGCAGAACAUAUGCAGACAAUUACAUCACCUAAUGUCCAGUAUUCAUUUGCAGCUUAUGCACAAUUUAUAAAUACAGUUCAUGCUCUUAAAAGUGGAACAGUUGACUAAGUUAGUUAACAAACUACUGUUGUGUUUCUUUCUUCUGCAUCGGAAUAAAUUACUGUA